UGGGGGACAUUCCUGACUCCCUCUGACAGCUUUCCAACUCUCCCCACGCCUUCUCCAGGUGCCCGCCAUCGUGAGGUGCAUCCACCAGGUGCUCAUGACCAAUGAAUCUGCUGAGCACAGGCUGGAGAGGACCCUGCUGGAUCUCACCGAGGCACAGCCCGACGAUGUGGUCAUUACUCUCCUGCGUGUGGCCCCAACGUGUGACAGAGCUGCAAUGACCAUAUGGAAGAGGAUCUUGUGCUCGCCCAGGACUGCACAGAGGGCACUCCUGAUACUCCUGGAUGUGCUGGGGGACUGGCCAGAGUACAGCAGGUGCACCUCGGAUUGGAAGACCACGGGUGUCUUUGCCCUGGCUGCAACUGUGGUGAUGUGGAAGAUCCUCCAGGUGCCCUGCUGGCCAGAAGCUUUAACAGUGUAUUUCCCCCAGCUCUUUGUGCAUCUGCUCCUCCAAGUGUUCUUCAGCACAGAACAGAUGCCAGAGGAGGGCUGGAACUUCUGGAAGAGAUGCCAGGAAGAACACGGCUUUGCCACCAGCCCCAACAGGUUUGCAGUGCAGACCCUCAAGUCUCUCCUCUGCCAAAUGCACCAUGAGGAAGCCGUGCUGUCAAUGGAACGCAAGUGUGGCUGGGACACGCUGCUGUGUGCUGACACCCACCACAUGCUGUGGGUCUGCUGGCCAGGUGAGACCCCCUUCUCCCCACUGCAUCUGGCAUUUCUGCCCUGGGCCCAGGGCCUGGCCCAACACCGUCCCCGUGCUUGUGGGCCAGAGGGCCUUGUUAGCAAGGGAUGGCCAAGCAGACUGGGAAAAGGCUGGGAGAGGAAAGAUCCCACAAGGAGCUGCCUCCCAAGGAGCCCAUGUCCAUUCACAUCCUUGGGGAGAAAGACCAGGCCCAUGGGAGUGAGUCCCCUGGCAGAGAUUUGCUCAGGGUCCUGGUCCCAUUUUUACCCUGCCAGGGAGAUGCGCCACGCUUCUCUAGGGUUGUGUUCCAGAAUUGCAUUGCACUUCCUCUGGCUGCUCAGCACACAAGAGCCACGCUGGGAUCUGCCUGCCCUGGCAUUCCUUGUGGAGAUCCCGGAGUACCUGGACUCCAGUGAAUGCAGUGACAGUGUUGUGCAGGUCUCCUCAAGGUGCCUGCAGAGCGAGUGCAGGGAGAGGCGUCACCUGGCGCUCAGGGCCCUUCUCAAGUUCAUUGACCAUCCCUCCAUGGCGAAAAAAAUGUGGAGCCUGACUGAAACACUCAUGGAGCUACUUCAGGACAAGGAUGCAGACAUAAUUGGGAUGUCACUCAUCAUACUCAGCUUCAUAUUCACCUACAAAUACAUUGUGGUACCCAGCCCCAUUGCCCUGCAGCUGGCUGAGGCGCUCCUGCCGCUCUUUGACCACGAGAAUAGCCAGGUCCAGCUGCUCUCUAUAGGGCUCUUCCAAGUUACAGUGGAUUUUUUGGGAAGGGGAAGAAAUCCUUUGGAGAUGCCUGUGCGCCAGAGCCUCCUGCCCCUGUUCUUCCAUUGCCAUGAUGAGAACCAGCGUGUGGCAGAGGCCUCCCUGGAAACGCUGCAUUGUGCAGCCAAGUUCCUGAAGAGGAGGGAUCUCCAGAAGCUGGAACAGGAGAACCUGUGGAUGUUGGGCGACAUCCUGCUGGCACAGGACAGGAGCCGAGCGGCCGAGCACCUGCGCCGGGCCCUGCCGUACCUGCAGAGCCCACAGGAGUCCCUGCGAGCGGCGGCCAUCAGGUUCAUCGGUGAGCCCCGAGCCCGGGCUCCCUCCCCGCCCCGCCGCAGCUCGGCCCCGGCCCCGACUGCUGCCCCGGCAGCGGCACCCGGGCCCG